AUGGAUUUGGGAAAACAGAGGCCUACAUACGACGAUUCUUUACCUUCUUCCUCGGAGAGUGCAGGCACAACAGAUACACUGCUGGAAAAAUCAUCGGCUCUCUAUCAUGAAAAUAAGCUACCGUUUUGGCGGGAACAUAUCAAAAUCGUCCUUGUGACGGGCAUAGCCUUUUUAUUUCUCUUCGCUUUCAGCGCAAUUGUAUUUGAGAACAAUCGAAAACUGGAAAAAAAGCUGCAAAGCAGCUUAAUUUACUCUCCUGCAAACGAAGCGUUGAAAUGGAACGUCGUUGAAUGGAAACAUGACGACGGUGCUCAAGGAGAUUACGUGGGUGAACCAAGACCUGCGCUUGAAAAAGCCUGGAAAGAUAUCUUUGAUAUUAUGAAUGUUCGCCUAUCAGAAGAUGAUCUGCAAGCAGUGGGACGCCUCAAAAAUGCCGUUGCAUUGCCUGACGGUUCCGGAUAUGCAGGCACACUAAACGUCUUUCACGAACUGCAUUGUGUGCGAUGGCUAUAUAAAUUUGUCCAUAAAGACCACUAUUUUAAGGGAGCCACCGCACACGAAGAAGCAAUUAUGGAGCUGCAUUCCCACCACUGCUUAAACUAUCUUCGCAAAUCAGCAAUGUGCCACGGCGAUGUGGGCAUCAUUACAUACAACUGGAAACGGGGUUCCUUGAAACCGAGUGCCACGGCCACAACCCAUCAAUGCGCAGACUGGAGCAGAAUCACGCAAUGGUCGAGCUCCAGGUCAAUUAAUAUGACAAAGCCGGGCUACAUAGUAAAUCCUGUUCUAGGACCGAUAUUUAAAGAAGGCGAAGUUGAGGGGCUAGCUGUCGGGAUACCGGAGCAUGAUAUUGGUGGAGAUGUAGAUGUUGAUGCAGUUGGUUAA